AUGGGCAGCCGAGGGGGUGAGAUAGCCAUGAAGAGAGAGGAUGGCGGGCCAGGGCGAUCCGUCCUCAUCGACUACUCCAUGCACAAACUCGUUAUCGAGAAAGCGUCACAGGGGACCGCCAAGGAAAGGGACAAGAUUCAGGUGUGCGUCCCACGAUGGCCCAUGUUCGUCAAAAUCGACGAUCCAUGGUGGCACGCAAACCUGGCCCGAUUCCCCCAUGGCUACGCCGCCUGCAAUAUGAUCUGCUCGGAGCGCAUCCCGCCCUUACCACAGGAGGUGAGAGACCGUCUAAUCGAUCUAUAUUGUCCGGCCGCCUCAAUUGCGACCAUCAAAAGCAACGAUGCGGACCGAGACUGCCUGGUCCGACUCUAUCUCGGCCGACGUAAGAUCCAAAACACGGCCCGGAGAGGCCGCAACUUCUUCUCCCUACGAAACUACCCCUUGCAUCUCAAUCAGGCGGAAGAGCUCGACCUACAGAUCUUCGAGUAUGCCCGUGCUAUGGCAGAGAUGCUGGCCAUGAUGCACUGGACUGCCAAAAUAGAUGCCAAUGAUGUCGAGUUUGUUCUUGGGGGUACGCAGAAGACAGGCAUAGGGGAGCACACUCAUGAAUUCUUCGGUCGCCACUGCCUCUGGGUCUUGGAUUUUGACUGUUGCAAGCCUCUGACCAUGGACGCUGCCGGUGUCGAGCAAGCUGCUCGCGCCUUCCUGAGAAACGAUCCAUAUUUUCCGCGUCCUGCAAUCGAAGGAUCUUUAGACCACGCUCUCUGGUUCGAGUUCCGAAGCCGAUACCUAGACUGCAGUCAACACCGAGUCGCGACUUCCAACACACACGACCUCGGGCUGCCAGAGCUUUUCAUCACCCAAGUUGAGGAGUUGCACCACCAGAUCGUGAACAGAAGACCCUCAGCGCCGAGCUCCUGA